UGGGAUCCGGAAGCCGGAGCCCGGGAGUGCUGGUGCUGAGCGCCUACUCUGCCCACUUCGUGCUCUUUGCUGCUCUCGGAUGUUCCUGCUGGAACUGUAGGAAAUUGCCCGAUUUGAACAUUCUUUUCAAGCCAGUCUGAUCAGCAUGAUGAAGCACAGCAGGAUUUUCCUAUAGCCCCAGCUGUCCUGGAACCCACUAUGUAGACCAGACUGGCCUUGAACUCACAGAGAUCUGCCAGCCUCUGCCUCCUGAGUAUUGGGAUUAAAGGCAUGCACCACCACACCUGGCUGUAUUACUAUCUUAAUGCUGGAUCUAGACAGACAUGACUUCUGAGUGAGAAAAUAAAAAACCGGGUAAAGGUUCCAAAGGCUGCAAGAAGCCUGCAAAGCAAAGUGUGAAGAAAGUAGUCUCCAGACAGUCAUCUGCUUCCCAGUUUGUUCAUUGUAAUGAUCAUGCCAGUCGGGAAGCUGAAUUAAAGAAGAAAAGGGUUGAAGAGAUGAGGGAGAAGCAGCAAGUUGCCCGGGAGCAAGAGAGACAAAGACAUAGGACCCUCGAGAGCUAUUGUCAGGAUGUCCUGAAACGUCAGCAGGAAUUUGAAAACAAGGAGGAAGUUUUGCAGGAAUUAAAUAUGUUCCCUCAGCUGGAUGACGAGGCCACAAGGAAGGCCUAUUACAAGGAGUUCCGAAAGGUGGUUGAAUACUCUGAUGUGAUUCUAGAAGUUCUAGAUGCCAGAGACCCAUUGGGCUGCCGCUGUUUCCAGAUGGAGGAGACUGUCUUGCGGGCAGAAGGCAACAAGAAAUUGGUCUUGGUCUUGAACAAGAUUGACCUGGUUCCCAAAGAAAUUGUGGAAAAGUGGCUGGAUUACCUUCGCAAUGAGCUGCCAACUGUGGCUUUCAAGGCCAGCACACAGCAUCAAGUCAGAAAUUUGACUCGGUGUAGUGUUCCAGCGGAUCAGGCCCCUGAAUCGCUGCUGAAAAGCAAAGCCUGUUUUGGAGCUGAAAACCUCAUGAGGGUCUUGGGGAACUAUUGCCGCCUGGGUGAAGUGCGCACCCACAUUCGUGUGGGUGUUGUAGGCCUUCCCAAUGUGGGGAAGAGCAGUCUGAUCAAUAGCCUGAAGCGCAGCCGUGCAUGCAGUGUGGGAGCGGUUCCUGGUGUCACAAAAUUCAUGCAAGAGGUCUACCUAGACAAGUUCAUCAGGCUUCUGGAUGCUCCAGGCAUUGUCCCAGGACCCAACUCAGAGGUGGGCACCAUCCUGCGUAAUUGCAUCCAUGUGCAGAAGCUGACAGAUCCUGUGACCCCAGUGGAGACCAUCCUGCAGCGCUGUAACCUGGAGGAGAUUUCCAACUAUUAUGGUGUCUCUGGAUUCCAGACUACUGAGCAAUUUCUGACUGCAGUGGCCCACCGCUUGGGAAAGAAGAAGAAGGGAGGCAUAUAUAGUCAAGAACAGGCUGCCAAAGCUGUCCUGGCUGACUGGGUGAGUGGGAAGAUCAGCUUCUAUAUACCACCACCAUCUACCCACAGUCUGCCCACCCAUCUCAGUGCUGAGAUUGUCAAGGAGAUGACUGAGGUCUUUGACAUUGAGGAUACUGAGCAGGCCAAUGAAGACACCAUGGAAUGCUUGGCCGUGGGAGAAUCUGAUGAGCUGUUGGGUGACAUGGACCCACAAGAAAUGGAGAUCAAGUGGCUCCAUUCUCCGAUGCUGAAAAUAGCAGAUGCCAUUGAAAAUAAAACCACCGUGUAUAAGAUUGGAAACCUCACUGGAUAUUGCACCAAUCCAAACCGUCAUCAGAUGGGGUGGGCUAAACGCAAUGUAGACCACCACUGCCCGAGAGACAACCGCAUAGUGGAUGUCAGUUCAGUGGACCGUCGCCCGAUGUUGCAGAGGAUCCUGGAGACAGACCCUCUUCAACAAGGCCAGGUUCUGGCAUCUGCCUUAAAGAAUAAGAAGAAAUUACAGAAGCGUACAGAUAAAAUUGCCAGCAAGCUGUCUGAUUCCAUGAUGUCUAUCCUCGACCUCUCUGACAACUGUGAUGACUGUGCUGGUGACUGAUCAGCUGAUCUUCCUCCUCUCCCACUCCAAAGCAUUGCUUUCUCUGAGAUGGGAGAAUGCAGAUGGAGUUUGAGUCUCCCUGAUGCACCUGUGUAUUAGAAUACCUCCCAUGCCAUGUCCCUCCUGCCAUGGUGCCCUCCAUGCUCUCCAGUCACAAAAAAGUCUCAAGGUCUGGAGUUGCCAAAUCUAAUACCCUCUAUCAUAUCCUUACUGUUUUUUAAAUGAAUUUUGUUUGUUUUUGUGGUACUAGGGAUUGAACAUGUUAAACAAGAAGCCUGCCACUGAGCUGUAUCUCCCAACUUUUUUUGGAGAAAGGUUCUUGCUAUGUAGCCUAAAACUUGUAGUCUUUCUACCUCAGCCUCCCAAGUAGUGUAAUUGCAGGCUUUUGCCACCAUUCUCAGCUCCCACUGUAUUUUACAAGAUAAAUAAAAUAUCAGAACAGUCUAGGAAUUGUGACAGCAAACCUGUAAUCCUAGCACUUGGGAGGCUGAGGUAGGAGGACUGCAAGUUUUAGGUCAGUGUGGGCUACCUGGUAAGGCCUUUUGUCUCACAAAACAAAACAAAACAAAAAACAAAACAGAACACAGCAGAACACAACACAACAAACAAAACCUCCAAACAAAUCAGCAGAGUCCAGGUGCUAACAGUGUAUUUCUUGAUCUCAGUUCCUCGGCCUCUGUGGGUAGGGCUGAUAAGAGUUAACCUCACAGAACAUUCUGAACAGCUAGAGGCUAGACUGCUGGGAGUCCUAGGGUUCCCUGGGAGGGUUAUGAUUUUUUUAACCACUUCACAAAAGGUCUCAGUGUGCCAAGGCAUUCCUGCAGUAGCCUUCACCAGGCAUCUUCCAAGUCAGUGGGUAGGUCCUCAUCUGGGUAGCAUAGGAGUAGAGAAGAAAAAUGAUGAGUCUUCUAUGUCUCUGGAGGGUCUGGGGAUAGGGUUAAGAAAACAAGCAAGCUUGGCUAAUACUGAAGUGUGAUAGGUACUAUCUUGUUUGCAUAAAGAGAAAACAACUGGGUAGCAAGGGAGGCUGAGUACUUUAGGGGAAAAUCUCAUCUGGUAUUGUUGUGAAUAUGGAGUAAUCCUUUUUAAAUAAAAUACUCUGGGCUCUGCCUUCA